AUGCGGCAGGUGCUAUGGGUGGCGCUCUGCAGCCUGCUGGCUGGCGUGCAAGCUGAGCCUGGGGUGCUGCUGCGGUUGGGCAUGGAUGUCAUGAACCAUGAGGUGCAGAGCGCCAUGGAUGAGAGCCACAUCCUGGAGCAGUUGGCUGCAGAGGCAGGCAAGCCCCAGCCGGGGAUGAAACCCAUCAAAGGCAUCUCCAAUAUGAAAGUGAAGGACGUCCAGUUGCCUGUCAUCACACUGAAGUUUGUCCCUGGAGUGGGCAUCUCCCAGUGCGUGUCCACUGGCAUGACCAUCACCGGCAAGAGCUUCAUGGGAGGCAACAUGGAGAUCAUCAUCGUCCUGAACAUCACCGCCACCAACCGGCUUGCGUGGGGAGAGGAGACGGGGCUCCCUGUGUUCAGCAGCGAGGGCUGUGAGAUCACCCUCGUCAGCGUGAAGACCAACCUGCCGAGCAACAUGCUGCCCAAGAUGGUCAAAAAGUUCCUGGACAGCACCCUACACAAGGUCCUUCCGAACCUGUUGUGCCCAGCCAUCGAUGCAGUCCUAGUAUAUGUGAACAGGAACUGGGAGCACCUGAAUGAUCCCAUGCCUGUGGGCCAGUUGGGUACCAUCAGAUAUGCCCUGGCAGCCCCCCCAACCACCACGGUCAGCUUCAUCCAGGUGGACUUCAGUCCUGUAGUGCAGCAGCCCGCAGGCAAAACCAUCAAGGUCACGGCUGUGGAUGGCGAGGCCCUGGAGUUCCCUGAGGGUUAUGCUGAAGGUUCGUCACAGCUGCUGCUGUCUGCUGCCUUCCUCACCGCAGAGCUGGCCCUCCUGCAGGAGUCCUUGGCCAUGAACAUCCGGGAGCCAAUGGUGGGUGAGCUGCUCCUACAGACCACGGAGAUACUGGCUAGCUUCAUCCCCAAAGUGGCUGAGGCUUAUCCCAAGCCAAGGCCCAUAGUGGCCCAGGUCAAAAUAAACAAACCCCCCAAGGUCACCAUCAAAGCAGGCAGCAGCCUCCUGCACCUCCAUGGCACCCUGGAGCUGUUUGCUGCCCAGCGGCCACGGGGCCAGCCACCCACCUUCCUCUUCCUUCUGGAAAUUCACUUCAACUUGAGGAUCCAGUAUUCUGUGCAUGAGAACCAGCUACAGAUGGCCACCUCCUUGAACAGAGUGCUGAGCCUGACCGGGGGGGCCUCCUCUGUUGGCAACUUCAAUGAGGAGGAGUUAACUGGCUUCGUCGCUGAUUAUCUGCAAGCAGCCUACGUCCCAGUUGUCAAUGAUGUUCUCCUAGUUGGGUUCCCACUCCCGGAUGUUCCAGCUGUGAACUACGACCUAGCUGAGCUGGACAUAGUGGAGAACGCCUUGGUGCUGGACUUGAAGCUGGACUGACCAUGACAGGAUGCCCUCUGCCAGCUGCCCACACGCCACCAGCAGCCUGCAUCCCCUGGAGGAACCGCAGAGCUGGGUGGGCCGAGCCCCUCCUACAGCCUCUGCGGUCGUGAUGAGAGGACAGUGGGCAGUGU